UUUCCUAAUAACUUCCUCCAUUCCAGACGUCAGAAGUCACCGGCCGUCAAUUCUCCACUGCCUUAAGUUUCCUUUACUUUCCUUUCCCCCUUUUCCCUCUCUCCAUUAUGUAAUUAUAGACUGUACAGUGUAGUCUAAUUCAACUCUUUUAACUCCUCCUCCACCACCACCGCCGCCGGGAAGCGACAACAGAAACCGAACCCCAAAGAAAAGAAAAACACGCAGUCACGCACUGACGGAGCAAUUCUUGAUUUUCCACCUCUCUCUCUCUCUCUCAAUUAUCCUCCAAUUUUAUAGAGAGAGAAAGCUGAGGGACACAAAAUGAAGCACAUUUUUAAGAAGCUUCAUCACCAUCCAAAUCGAUCGAACGAGACCUCUUCCCAGCCCUCUCUCUCGUCCGCCGCAACGUCAAGUUCAACUUCUGCUUCUUCGUCGUCAUCAUCGGCGUCAUCUGCUGUCUCCGAUCACCGGAGUUCAACUCCAUCCGGCAAUUCAGUUGCUGUGGCGACGGCGACGGCUACGACUGCUGGUUCGACUGCAAUUGGUGCUACGACGACUACUGCCGCUACUUCUCCCACUACUAACCGGCAGCAGCUUCAGCAGCGGGAUUAUUAUACCUCACAAGAGGAUUAUGAGAUGGAGCUAGCGCUGGCGUUGAGUGUUUCCGCUUCGUCCGCUCAAGAUUCUAGUCUUUUGGAGGCGGGUGGCGAUCAUCGUCAUCAGAUUCUACUCGGAGGUCGCCUCGGGGAUACCUCUAGCCACAGGGACGAUGCUGCUGCGGACUUGUUGUCGAGGCAGUAUUGGGAUUACAGUGUUCUUGACUAUGGCGAAAAAGUUGUGGAAGGUUUCUAUGACGUUUUUAGUCUCUCCAUGGACCCAUCGAUUAGAGGGAGAAUGCCAUCUCUUACUGACAUUGAGGCAAACCCUGGUGGGUCUGAUUUUGAAGUUGUUAUAGUCAAUUGGACGAUUGACCCAGAUUUGCAAGAGUUAAUACAUGUAGCACAAUGUAUUAAAUUAGAUUACCCAACUACUAAUAUUGGUCUGCUGGUGCAAAGAGUUGCCGAACUUGUUACUGAUCACAUGGGUGGGCCUGUGAAGGAUGCAAAUGUGUUUCAGGCAAGAUGGAUGGAAAGAAGUACAGAUUUAAGGAUAUCCCUGCACACUGCUGUACUUCCUCUGGGAUCAUUAAGACUUGGGCUAUCACGUCAUAGAGCAUUGCUAUUUAAGGUGUUAGCUGACAAUAUUGGAAUUCCUUGUCGAUUGGUGAAAGGCAGCCACUACACUGGAAUUGAAGAUGAUGCUGUGAACAUCAUAAAGUUACCAGAUGAAAGCGAAUUCUUAGUUGAUCUAAUGGGAGAACCAGGGGCGUUAAUACCUGCUGACGUUUUGAGUGCAAAAGAUACAUCUCUCAAGUCUUAUGAUCCAAAACUAAGCAAAGUUCCCAGUCUUCCAGUAGGCAGUGAUUCCGGAACGACUAAGAUAUCUUCUGGGCCUAGUUCUACAGAGCAAAAGAAUUACUCAUCAGGAAAAGAGUUAAAGACAGAUUCACUUCCUUCUCUGCCCGAUGAAAUUUCCAUACCUGAUAGCACCUCUGGAGUGGGUCAAAGGGUACCUUUGGCAAACCAGAUGGACCAUCUCCCGUCCUUAGCGUUAGGAAAAUCUUUUUACAAAGGUGGCCGUAGGCCCAAUGUAGCUGCAGAUGGUGGUAGGAUGAAUGUUCACGUAGCUCAGAAGAGACCAGACAACUCUGAGGAUCCAAAAGAUCUUUUUGCCGAUCUAAACCCGUUUCUAAUCAAAGGAUCUGGCAAGGUUUCAGUGCAAGGCAACAAGGCCAGGAAAAAUUUUGAUGGAUUACAGCAGCCUUGGCAUACCCUCGCUGUGGGUCAGCCUCCUGUACCUAUUGUGGGAGAAAAUAGUGCCAUCAGCAAUCCAGUCCCCAAGAAAAAUGAGUAUGCGUUUUCACAAAGCUCCUUUGCAAAGAGCAGCCAUGCAAAUGACGACCCAAGUAGAUUGUCAUUACCUUCUACUAGCUCCAAUGCCCCUGGAAAAGCUAUCUCUAACUCCAAUUUUUACAGUAACUCAUACAAUCCUUUCGGAGAUGGUCAAAAUGCUUCUGGGGGUGAUAAUCUGGCAUCAAUUGAUGGAAGAUUUAAUGAUUUAUUUUUAGAGGAUCACAGUGAAAGACAUCAGAAGGAUGGAAAGAUCCAGCAAAUUUCUGAACUGAAUGGUACAAAUGGUGAUGGGAAAAAUAUCAACAGAAUGCUUGAGGAGAAAAAUAAUAAGCAAGAGAUGACUCUUGCAGAUUCACGACUCGGUCAUCAAGACAAAGCUAGCUCUUCUAUUAAAUCAGGGUUGCCUCAUGUUGAUCCAGUCAUUGAUGAUGUCAGUGAAUGUGAAAUUCCAUGGGAAGACCUUGUAAUUGGUGAAAGAAUUGGUCUAGGUUCCUAUGGGGAAGUUUACCAUGCUGAUUGGAAUGGAACUGAAGUUGCCGUGAAAAAGUUUCUUGAUCAGGAUUUCUCAGGUGCUGCUUUGGAUGAGUUUAGGCGAGAAGUGCGCAUAAUGCAGAGGUUACGCCAUCCAAAUGUAGUUCUUUUUAUGGGUGCUGUUACUCGGCCUCCGAACCUCUCCAUUGUCACUGAGUUUCUACCCAGAGGAAGCUUAUACCGGAUAAUUCACCGUCCUCAGUGUCAGAUUGAUGAAAAGAGGAGAAUUAAGAUGGCUCUAGAUGUGGCAAAAGGCAUGAACUGCUUGCACACAAGUAUACCUACAAUUGUUCAUCGUGACCUGAAGUCUCCAAAUUUGUUGGUCGACAAGAAUUGGAAUGUAAAGGUGGCUGAUUUUGGGUUGUCUCGCUUGAAGCACAAUACAUUCUUGUCGUCCAAGUCGACAGCUGGGACGCCGGAGUGGAUGGCACCGGAAGUUCUAAGAAACGAGCCUUCAAACGAGAAGUGUGAUGUGUAUAGUUUUGGAAUAAUUUUGUGGGAAUUAGCAACCUUGAGAUUACCUUGGAGCGGGAUGAACCCAAUGCAGGUUGUUGGUGCAGUGGGCUUUCAAAAUCGCCGUCCUGAAAUACCAAAGGAAGUUGAUCCUCUCGUUGCCAGAAUAAUAUGGGAAUGUUGGCAAACGGAUCCAAAUCUACGGCCAUCAUUUGCGCAGCUCACUGUUGCAUUGAAGUCAUUGCAGAGGCUUGUUAUCCCAUCACAUGUAGAUCAGCCAAACUCACCACCAAUGCCUCAGGAGAUCUCAGUGAAUUCAACUCCUUAGGCGUGUCAAAUCCUCAAAUGUGAAUAUGUGUUUGCAUAGGAUAUACAGUGGCAAGAACACCAUGUUAAAAAGAGAAUUUUGGAUUGAGUAGCCCCGAUUAAAAGAAGAGCUGCGGGAGCUGCUUCCAUUUGUGCAUCAAAGUUAGUGGUUUAGCUCAAAACUCGAAAGAGAAAAUGAGAUGGUGUGUGUAUAUUUCGCUGCAUCACAAAACUUGAUGCAGCUCUCCCUCUGCUGUGAGUUGUGUAUAUAUAUAUAUGCUUGAUCCCCAUUGUCUGUAUCUAUGUAUUUAUUCGCAUGUAGCUUUCCUUCGUGCAUGUUUGUGAAGGGGAAAUUGCGACUGGAGUGGCAACAACUUAAAACUUGACCUCUGUUGAAGUUGGUUUGUAUCUCCAUCUAAGAACUGGCCAAUAUCCAAGGUCUUUGCCUAAAUUCACUUGAAGUUGUGCUGAGGCAGCUUUUGCUGAUCCAGUUAAAAGCUAUACACUAGGUAGAGUUACCAAUAAUUUUCUUAUCAAGUGAAAAAGGAGAUGGGAUCU